UUAUUUCAAACAACCGAUCAGAACUGACAAUAGAUGACAUUCCCAAUGCAUCACAUUUGUGUAUUUUUAAAUUGUGUAUUAACGCUACGACAAAAUGUAUGUGUUUAAAAGUUAACCAAAAUGGCAAUGACGAGAAACAAGGCGCAAGUGUACAGCGUGGGCAAUUACCUGAUGUCAGGCAAAGUGCUGGGCAAGGGACACUUCGCGAAGGUCGAGGAGGCAACGCAUAGGAUUAUAGGAAAAAAGGUGGCAAUAAAAAUAAUUGAUUUGACAUGCAUCAAAGAGGACUACGCGCGUCGCAACUUGCACCGCGAGCCGCGCGUCAUGGCCAAGCUGAGACAUCCGUGCAUCGCCGCGCUGUACGAGACUAUGAUGCACGGCCCCCGGCUGUACGUGGUGAUGGAGGCGGCGGGCGGCGGCGACCUGUGCUCGCACGUGCUGGCGGCGCGAGGCUCGGCGCGAGGUCUGCCCGAGGCGAGAGCGCGCGCUCUGGCGGCACAGCUGGUGUCGGCGGUGCGGCACAUGCACGCACGGGGCGUCGUGCACAGAGAUUUGAAAAUGGAAAACAUCAUGUUGGAUAGCACUAAGCAGUUUAUCAAAAUUGUCGACUUCGGUCUGUCGAAUAUCUGGAGCUCCGGGGGCCUCCUGCGCACCCCGUGUGGCUCGCUGGAGUACGCCGCGCCCGAGCUGUUCGUGGACGGCCGCCGCUACGGGCCCGAGGUGGAUCUGUGGAGCAUUGGCGUGAUAGUGUACGGAAUGGUGACGGGGGGGCUGCCGUUUGCCGCGACGGAGGUGGGGGGAGCGGGGGGGUCGCGGCCUCAGCUGCGGGCGACCAUCGCGCGCGGCUUCACCAGGAAACAACGAGCGGCGCUCACGUGUGUGUCCAGCGAAUGUAAGCUGUUCAUCCAACAACUACUGGAACCUAAAGUGGAGAUUCGGAUGAAAAUAGACGAGGCAGCGAGACACCGCUGGAUAAAGAGACCUGGCCUACGGAUGAAGACACAUCCCCUGGCUUCUCCGGACUCAAAGACCAAUCGAGAGAUAUACAGACAAAUAUCAGAACUCAGUGGACAAAGUUUCAUCGACGUCGUGGCACAGAUAAAGGCGGAACCUUUCGGGGCUGUGGCCGGCAUGUACAAUAUUAAGACACACCUGCAUCAGAUGCAAGCGACAUCCGGCUCCGAGCUUCUCUGGUCCAACACCGCUCAAGAGCCUCGCCCCUCCACGCCGCCUGAGUACCGCGCUAAAUACGAAGAGGAACCGUCUUCGAGUAGCGUUACGAUAAAAACACAUUCAACAGCGGCUGUACUCGGUACCAAAUUACGAGCUCCACAGAAGAUUGCGGAUUUGAAGAGCAUAAAGCCAAAACCGCUGGCGAACAUAGUGGAUCCUCCGAAAUGUAGUGGGGAGAAAGAAAAGCCUGAGGCAGCACAGAAGGUAUCAAGGCCGCUCAGCGUGUUUGGUUUACGGAAGCCGACCUUCAAGAUUUAUGAGAACGGUGACGGACUCGACCGUCGGUUGGCGAGCAUUACGGAGCAUUCUAACACCGACGUGACUGAGAAGAGGCUCGCGAAGAACACGACCGGGGCCCGCAACACUGGGACUGAUGACCCGCUGCGACUGAACAGCUGUCCCAACAAGAUUGACACUAAGAGAUCAGAGUUUUACAGGAGAGCGGGAGACGGGUUGCCCAGUUGGCGAGCCAGCGGAGUAUCAAAAUCAAUAGGACCAAAGAUACUUCUCCAGAGCAAUCGUACCAACAAAGGAACAUCGCUUGGAAAUAUAAUAUCUCCGCAUUCUUCAUCAAACAGUCAUUGCAAGAGUGAGCGAGCUAUGCCGGUGGGCUGGUACUCCAACCGUAACAACUUGAAGGAUGCGGCGUGCCCCCGCCUGCGCCGAACUGCGCCCAUCAAGUAACCAACGAGGACGUUUCAAAUUUUCGAUACGCUUAUUUUUGUAUGCAAAGUUUUUGUGAUCCCUGUUUGUUUAUUUUAAUUGUAAGCGAAUAAAUUUUGUUUCGACACAUUUGUGUGUCUCACAACGGACUAAAUUAUAAGGAGUGCUGCAGAUGUUUCA